AUGGCCCAGGCACCCACCGUCUUGCACUUCAGUGGUCACCAAUACCUCAGGCAUCGUCUGGUCUUGUCGAUUCUCAGCGGGAAGCCGGUCCGGAUCGACAAAAUUCGUACGGACGACAAGAACCCUGGUCUGCGAGACUAUGAGGUUAGCUUGCUUAGGCUGCUGGAGAGGGCUACAAACGGCACUAUCAUCGAGAUUUCGGUAACCGGUACUGCCAUCCUCCUCAAGCCCGGAAUCAUUGCUGGGGGAUCCAUUAUUCACGAAUGCCCACUCUCACGCUCAAUGGGAUACUUCCUGGAGCCCGUCAUUAUGCUUGCUCCCUUCGCAAAGAAACCAUUGCAACUUACGUUGAGAGGCAUCACAACGGACGACCACGACCUCUCGGUUGAUAUCAUUCGAACCGUUACGCUCCCCCACCUGCAACUGUUCGGCCUCUCAGAUGGGCUGGAGCUACGGAUUAAGAAGCGAGGUAGUGCUCCUCUUGGAGGGGGCGAGGUACAAUUUCUCUGCCCCAUCGUGAAACAGGUCAAGACCUUGAAUUUUGUGGAUCUUGGAAAGGUCAAGCGGAUACGCGGUAUCUCGCAUGCCGUCCGCGUCAACCCCCAGUUUUCAAAUCGCAUGAUAGAAGCUGCCCGCUCUGUCCUCAACCGCUAUAUACCCGACAUCUAUCUAUACUCCGACGUAUACAAAGGAGAAGAGAGCGGAAAGUCUCCGGGGUAUGCCUUGACCCUGCUUGCGGAGUCCACGACCGGAGCAAUGCACUGCGCUGAGGCCAUAUCGAAACCCGGUGUGGCUCCUGAAGACAUCGCAUUGACUGCAGCCAGGGCUCUUCUUUCGGAGAUCAAGAAAGGCGGCGUCGUCGACAGGCAACACCAGUCAUUGGUGCUCAUGAUGAUGGUUCUCGGUAGCGAGGACGUUGGUCGGUGUAGAAUGGGCGAACCGACCGCCAGGACAAUACAACUAUUGCGGGACAUCAAGGAGUGUUUCGGCACCGCGUUCAAGAUCACCUCCGCAGAGCCAAACGAUCCGGAUUCUGCGGAGCUUGUACUCUCUUGCUACGGUAUCGGCUACGUGAACGCGAACAGGUCAUUAGCAUAACCAUUCGCUGACCAUCUCUCUAUCCACGGGUAUGCGUGGUUCAACGCUGUCUGUAUACAUGUAUCAGCAAGUAUAAUGCAACACUACUUCCUAUCUGUAGAUAAUGGAUAUUCGCCCAUACUCAUCGCUACCUUCCUCGCCACCCCCAGCGGCGAACAGCCACUGUCGCAGCACCGGCCACCCCACCUCGUAAUGCGUGCAUAUCUCGUCCGUAUGGUGCUCCCCAUCCAACCACGGCAGCAGUUCCGACGGGAACGGCGCCGCGCCCUGCAGCAUCCCAUGUGACGGCUCGCGGCUCAGACUCGUUCGUGGGCGGAAGAGCCCCAGCUUUGCCGACCGUCCCCCGCUCGAGUGCUCGCUCUCGAGCGGCUCCGCGUUCAGCGCGCUCGCGAGUGCGUCCGGGGACGAGGACGAGAUGUACCGCGUCGAGGCGUGGCUGAAUCGCUCGGAGCCCUUCAGGUUCAAGUUCUGCGCGACGGUC